UCAUUUUUGUUUCACUAUUCUUUAGCACAAUUGACUGGCAAUUAUGCCUUUUUAAUCUUUGUCUCAGUAAUCUGGUUAGGAUUCGGUCUGAUAGUCUGGGACAGAUUGGUCAGGCUGAUGGGGGUGUGUGUGCAUGUUGGUGGGGUCGUCAUUUGGAGUGUCUCUGGUAUCUCCCUAUGAAGUGAGUGAGGGAAUAGACCCGUUAAUCCCAGUUAACGGAUUAAUUAUCUUUGGGCAAUAUCAUGUCGCUGCCUUGUUGUGAAGUCGCCUGGGCGUUCAGCUACGAGGGGCUACAAUGCAACGAUAAAAGAGUCCCUUAGGGGUGUCUCCUCAAUCUUAAUCCUUCUCUCUCUCUCUCUCUCUCUCUCUCUCUCUCUCUCUCUCACUCACUCUCUCUCUCUCUCUCCCUCUCUCUCUCUCUCUCUCUCACUCACAUGUUCUCACAGAGAGCUCUUCUCUCAUCCAUCAACACUAGCACCUCUCUACUGUGACCAGACAACCGUACAAUUAUUGGCUAUUUAAUAUUUAAAAAUCCACAAGUAUUAUUGGCUUAUUUUUUUCCCUCUCAUUUUUCCCCAUUUUGACAUAUUUUUGGCAUGUCUCCAAGACAAUUUUUCAGGAUGAUUUUUUUUCAAGAGCAUCAAGCGGUGACGGCUGGCAGUAUACCUCUUUGAGUGGGUAAAUAUUUCACGGAACCCGGAGGAAGAGAAGGAGAAGAGACAGAAGGAGAGAGAGAAAAAUCCCCGCACAACAGUCAGAGGGUGGAGGAGGGGACUAUUGGCAAUAGAGAAUGGCUGCCAUGACAACGGUGCCCAGCUACACCCCUUCACUGUGGGUGAGAGUCUGUCACGCCCUCCCCCGGCUGGACCUCACCAUGCAGAUGAGGGACAAUAUCUUCGUCCCUGACAGCUGGGAGUACCAGCAGACCUUGCUGGUUUUGUCCAGUUUAUCCGCCAUCGCUCUUGUUAUCUCCCUCCUCGUGGUCCUCUCCUUCCUCAUACACUACUGCUGCUGUCACCGCGGUGACCGGAGCGAGGGAUCAGAGGAAGAGGAGGAGGACGAAGAUGGCAGCACAGGUCAUGGAUACGGCGGGAGGAAGGGGCGGGGCAUCUGCUGUGUCACAUGGGUGGCGGUGGCGGCUGUUACACUGUGCUGUGUUGCCAUAGGCAUUGGUUUCUAUGGCAACAGUGAGGCUAAUGAUGGGAUGUAUCAGUUGACCUCGUCUCUUCUCACAGCCAAUUAUACGCUAGCUUCCAUCGAUCUGCUGAUUUCAGACACUAUUACUGGGCUACAGCUGUCUAUCUCUGGCCCGCUGACCACAAUGGAGGAGCUCUUUACAGGCAGCAAGCCCUUCCUUGUGUCAACGCGGAACUGCCGGAGGUUAUCUGAGAACGUGGUCAACCUCCUCUCCUCUAUCUCCCUGGCUCGAUCCAGCGCUGACAUAGGGCUGGGAAAUGAUAGCAGUAGCAGUGGGGCACCCAUUGCAGCCCUCACCCCAGUGCCCCCCUCUGUGGCUCCUACACUGGUGCCUACCAGCGGGAUCAUGCCCAGCCCCUUCUCACCUGGCUGGGCCGCCAACACUCUGAUGGUCAAUGAAGAUUACAGGUGGCUGUCGUACGUCUUGUUGCUGCUGCUGGACCUCAUAGUGUGUCUGUUCAUCCUGCUGGGACUGGCCAAACAAGCCCGCUGGCUCCUCAUCCUGAUGACGGUGCUGGCCUGGCUGGCCCUGUUCCUGAGCUGGGGCUCCUUGGGCUUGGAGACUGCCACUGUAGUGGCUCUCAGUGACUUCUGCUCAGAUCCAAACACGUUCGUCCUCAACUCCACUCACUUCAACUCUGGGACCAGCUCAGAUGUGUUGGAUUAUUACCUGACCUGCAGCAGGCGUAUGAACAGUCCAUUCCAGCAGCUGCUGACCCAGUCACAGAGGGCUCUGUCCAACAUUCACACACACCUCUCCAGCCUGGAUCGAAAUGCUCUCCCACAGUUUCCCAAAGCUGAGAAGUCACUCAGGGAGGUUCAGCAGAUACUCAACUCCACAGAGGGAAACUUUCAUCAGCUGGUGGCACUACUGAACUGCCGAGGUCUGAAUAAGGACUAUAUCGACUCCCUGAAAGGCCUGUGCUAUGAUGGGAUGGAGGGAUUGCUCUACCUCUCCCUUUACUCUUUCCUCUCGGCUCUGGCCUUCACUGCGAUCCUCUGUUCUCUGCCUGGUGCCUGGAGGAGCUUCCCCAGUGAUUCAGAAGAGUACGAAGAUUCGGACAGCGAGAGUGAGGACCCCUUCACCUCCCAUCAGGACUCCAAACGUUUCCUCCAAUGGCAACCCUGGCUAUGAGAGCCUACCCUUGACUGACAGGCAGUCCCCACCCCCCUCUUACUCUCCCAGCAUGCUGACUGGUUACGGGGGAAGUCAAUCACACCCCAACCCUGCCCAUUCAAGGAACCUGUAUUCACGUUGAUUAUUUUUUGUUAGAAAAUGUAUAGAAAAAAAAUGUUUAAUUUUCAUAUAAAUGGACACUUUACUGAAAUGAAAAGAACUAAUCUAAAUAAACUGAAUGCUAGAUGUGAUUUAAAGGUCUGUAACGUCAGUACCAUUGACUAUUAUGAUGAAAAGCACUUAAAAGAAACAGUACUGAAUGGACUGCUGAAAUAACUCACAGCGAGCUCUAAUGCUGGAUAGGUUGUACGGUUAUGCAAAGGUAUGAACUACGUUCACUCACUCAAAAGGUAUUCAUCUCUGUUCCCUAGUCUGUCCAAAGUCUGUGUGAACUGUGAACAGUUGUGAAGCAACCAGAAUGGUAUUGACGUUACUACGUUGUAGUUUUAUAUUCUUAAAUGUAUCAGUACCACCAAUUUAUUUUUGAGUUUUUAUAUAAAUAUUGUUGUAGAAAAGCACUGGCACGUAGCGACAAGACACUUUUUUUUGGUGAAUGGUUAUGCAGUUCCCUCACUUGGUAUAACUUUUUUUUUUUGGAUUUUUUUUUUUUUUUUUUUUUUUACUUUUUAUAGGUGGCAAUUAUGUAUUUCCUUGUAUUACCUUCUGGUAUUAUUCUGUAUAUUUCACUGUCUACAAUAUCUGAAUAAUCAUGAACCUUUGCUCUUAAAAAAAUACUUGAGGGCUAUCAAGGCCCUGUUUUGAAGACUUAAUGGAGAACUACAACUGCCUCUCAGUCUUGAGAGUGGAGAACUACAAAUCCCAUGCAAUGACAGCAGGUACAUAGCAAUAUGACUCUUGCUACUGGUGCUGCAGUAGCCCUACCGUAACUAGCAAUAAUAACUAUGUAUAGCAUUGGGUUUCUGAGAUCUCUACAAGAUGUUCUGUGUAUAUAUGGUAUGGUAUGUUGGAGAUUUCAUUGAAUCCACCUUCCUUGCCAACUGACCUUGUUAACCCUUGAAUUGAGUUUGUAUGGUAUUAUCAAUGCUCCUUUUGAAUGGCAUCCUUUUACACUCAAGAGUCUAAUAUAAAUAAAAAUAACUUCAAUGAUGUGA